UUGCUAAUACUAUUAGUGCUAAUAUAAUAUCAUAAUUGCUAUUAGAAUAAUUGUCGAUAAUAAAAGUUAAUAAUUUGUCAUCACGGUGUGACAAUAUAUCAUUCUUACAUAUACCUACAGUAUGGUAUCAUUGCAUCAUAUAUGUCCUAUGUGCAUCCUGGCGUGGUUCGGCUUUAUUGAAUAAUUAAAAAUUUCGGCAAAAAUACCAUUUACCCGAAGUUAUAUUCAGUUCUAUAAUAAAAAUGUUACAUCAGCGUUAUACUCGUAUAUUUAAACAAAUUUUUAGACAUAAAACUGUCGAUAAUUCAUUAAAAGUUAACGUGACACAGCCAUUCUAUGAUAAUUACGAAGCUAUUAUGCACUUCAUACAAUAUUUACGUAAACGACAAGCUGUUGUUGAAAUAAAACCAGACAAAUAUGAACACGUUUAUGGUGCACCAAGAGGAAUGUUUUUUAAAGUAGAAGCACCUAAUUUAUAUGACUUUUGUACACUUCGAUUAAGAGAUUGGUGGAAUCAUAAAAAAGAUUCUUUUGCAGAAUCGGCUGAAAACUUUCAGUAUAAAAAAUAUGAGAUAUUAGGACCAGAUCUAGCAGCAGCAAAAUUUAUUAUUUUUGUUGGUGGCAAAAUAAGGUUUAAGGAUCAUGAUGAAUGGAUAGAUAAAACAAAAACAAAUGAAAUUUCUAAGUUACCAAAUGAAUUUGAUGAAACGUAUAUUUUAGAGGAAAUAGAUUUAAAUAAAUUUUCUUUGCGAUAUAAACAGCUUCAUUUCAUUUUUAAUCUUUAUUAUUUAAAAUCACUUAAUUUGAAAGGUUGUAAAACAGUUGAUGAUUGGUUUUUAGAUAAAUUAUCUGCAGAAUAUCCAACAUUAGAAUACCUUGAUAUUUCAGAAUGUGAAAAUGUAACAGAAAGGGGGCUGGAAGCAUUAUAUAGAAUGCCUAACUUAAAGAAAUUAAUUGUAACAAAUUUUUAUGGCUCUGCAGCAUUUGAUUUAACUUGUUUUAUGUUAGAAGAUGUUAAUCCCUAUUUAGUAUGUCAAAUUCAACAGCUAAAAUACAAACAUUUAUCUGAAACUUAA